AUGGCCAUAAAUUUGAUAAUAGCAUCACUACUAAUCUCGUGUUGUUGGUUUGCGAGGGUGGAGGGCGUAAUCGGCAUAAACUGGGGCAGGCAAACGACGCACAGGUUGAUCCCGUCCAUGGUGGUCGACUUGAUGUUACAAAAUGAAAUUCGUCACUUGAAGUUAUUUAGCCCCAGCGACAAUGUCCUGAGAGCCUUUGCCUCAUCGGGCAUUUCCAUCACGAUAACACUGCCCAAUGAGUCCAUUAAGGAUAUAAAAUAUCCCCUCUUGGCAUCAUAUUGGUUGCAACAGAGGGUUCUCAAGUACCGCAAUCAAAAUGUCGACAUAAGGUAUCUCUUUGUAGGGAGCGAACCCUUCUCAACGUACACACGUAAGAACACUUACGACUCGGCCCCUACUGCAUUGAGGCUGAUUCAAGACUCGAUUAUUGCAAAUGGGUACGACAACCUCAUCGCAACCAUCCCGCACUUCACAGACGUCCUGACGCCCAACAUAAUGAAGCCCUCAGAGGCUGACUUUCGGGAAGACUUGAAGGAACGGAUGGUAGAGAUUAUCCGCCUUCUCAACAGAACUAAUGCGCCCUUUGUCUGCAACGUCUUCCCCAUCUACUAUGUCAUGAACCAUACGGACGAUGGUUGGGAUCCGGAGUUUGCUUUCAUCAACAACAGGUCGAAUUUCACAGUAGAGGACAAUGGCCUCGUCUACCGCAACGUCUUUGAGUUUGUGUACGACUCUUUCCUUCACGCCAUCGCAAAGGCUGGGUCGCCAGGUAUGGAGCUAAUGGUGGGGAAGAUCGGGUGGCCAACGGACGGGUAUGUGAAUGCGAACGUGGAAAAUGCAGAAAGGUUCUUCAAGGAGUUUCUGCCAUACAUAAGAAGCAACAAAGGGACUCCUCUACGGCCGGGGGCCUCGAUAGAUGUGUCGAUCCACUCACUGGCGGAUGAGAACAAGAACUACAUAAACAUGGCCCCAUUCCAACGCCACUGGGGAGUCUACUGGAGCGACGGCCAGCCCAAGUACAAGAUCGACUUCACAGGUCAAGGCCGCGACAUCUUUCCCACCACCGGAAAGGGACUCAUACACAUGCCCCGAAGAUGGUGCAUAUUCAACGGCGACACAUCAGAUAUCGACAAAGUGAGGUUACAACUAGGGGAGGCAUGCAAGUUGGCGGAUUGCACGACCCUGUCCCCAGGAGGCUCGUGUAGCCAUCUGGAGAUGAGGCAGAAUGUGUCAUACGCGUUCAACAUGGCAUUCCAGGCAAGCGCGCAGGCCGACAUCAAAGGGGCCACCUGCGAUUUUGACGGUCUCGGGGUGCUUGUGCCCGAAGAUCCCUCCAACGGAACGUGCAAGUUCCCAGUCGAGAUUCUCGCGGCCGAGAAGGCUGACAAGGACGGCCUCACGGACCGCGGCGCCAAGAGAUUCAACUUGUCUAGGUUGUCAAUUUUCAUAACCUUUCUCACUUUUGUUUUCAUUUUGGGUUAA